AGGUUAAAGUACUUUGUUUAUUGUUGUGAUGAGAUUGGAUGAAAUCAGAUGAAAUAGUUACUGCCCUAUAAUGUCUUCUGAUACAUAUCUAGAGUUAUCUGAGAAUCCAGUUCGAUUUGAGGCUGCAAAUCAAGUGACUGAUGUAUUCUUUGAUGACUCCAAUAAGCAGGUCUUUGCUGUGAGGUCAGGUGGUGUUAUGGGUGUUGUGGUUAAAGGUCCAUAUGAAGACACCAAACCAAUAAACUUUAGGAUGGAGGAUCAUGGACCAGUGAUAUCCAUAAAGUUUUCACUGGAUAGAAAGAUUUUGGCUGUGCAGAGGACUGUGACCUCUGUGGAAUUCAUGAAUUUCAAUGGUGCAGCUGUUGAAACUGAGUACACACAGCAGUGCAAGAAAAAUGUUCAGAUGACUGGUUUCAUUUGGUUGCCCAACAAUGAGGUGGCUUUCAUGACUGACCAUGGGAUUGAGCUGUACAUGGUCUUACCAGAAAAGAGGACUUUGAAACAUCUUAAAUCAGUAUCAGCUCCUAUCCAGUGGUUCAUCUGGUGUUCCAUUAACAAAAUCGCCUUGCUCUCUUCAGCCCAUGGCUCAAUUUUGCUUCCUAUCAGCUUCAAGCAAGGCUCUAUUAGCAAACUUCCUAAAGUGGAGACUGAACCUGGACGCAUGGCUUUAGAGAGGGACGUCACGUUAGCUACACUUUAUGGUGUACCAUCAAUUUUAAUCUUGAGACAUCAAACUGGGCCGCAAACCGCUGAAGUCCAUAUACACACGUUGAACGGACCAGGGAUGGCACCUGUUAAAUCUCAUGUACUUCGUCUUGGUUUAUCUGGUAGAUUCGCAAUUAACGUCGUGGACAAUUUGGUGUUAAUUCAUCAUCAGGCUUCGAGAUGUUCGCAAAUUUUUGAUAUUGCUUUAACUGGAGAAAGCGAUGGUAACGUAACUUAUCAUAUUCCCAUGGCUCCUGCGAGAUCGCUGAAACCUGCUACACUAUCGCUGCCUGGCCUAGUAGAACCAAAGACGCAUUUAUGCGAAUUAUAUUCGCCAACGUGGGUGGUGUUUCAACCAAAUAUUGUAAUCGACGCAAAGCUGGGUUGUCUUUGGCACAUAAAACUGUGCUUGCAAAAUCUAUGUCUGCAGAUCAAAGAUCUAGCGAUCUGCACGCAAAUGGCCUUGAAAAGAACCGGCGGUAAAUCAGUUCUACUUCAGUUAUUAUAUGACAAUAUAACCAUCGCCAGGCCUUUGCUGAAGAAAUUGCAAGAAUCUUUCAAUCACAUCAACAAUGUGUACAGGGUUUGGGUCGAAAACGAGCUCCAAAAUCAAACUGCUGUUCCAGCCAGUGCCCCAAUUCAGAACUUCAAACCCAAUACGCCACCACCGGUAUUAAUCGAUCAAAUGGACUUUUACAACAGUAUAGCCCAAAAGUUGGACACUCAAGACCAAUUUGCAAAAUUAGAAUGGGUACUAAUCGCUUAUUUAACAUCAUUAUCGGAAUAUUCUAUUUCAGCACAACAUAAUUUGAACGAGUUGCUGCUUACAACCUUAGUACGUAGGAACAAAUUAAGCGCGUUACAGCAAAUGCUCCAAUACGGCGUCGUAUCCGAUUCCAAACCACUGGCGUGUCUACUAUUGUCUUUAGAAAAUGUGAAUCCAGGAGCUUCGCAAUUAGCUCUGGAUAUGUUAUUGCGUUUAAAUGCAGUCGAAGAAAUGCAAGAGAUUUUGUUGAGCCAAGGCCAACUAUUGUACGCUCUGAAAUUAGUUACCGACAAAGUAAGUCCGCGGAAGUACCUCGAAGCCGCGAAAUGCACCGGAGAUCCGUCCCUCUUCCACAGCACGUUUUACUAUUUCAAUUCCAAUUCGCAAUUUGCAAAUGCUUUCAAGAAAGAUGAACGACUUGCGGAGUAUAUCAAACACUAUAAAGAGUUGUUCCCAUCGUGAUUUUACAUAGUUUUUUUAAUAUAUCCAUCGUUAUAAUUUUAAGAAACCUAGGCAUUGUUGUA